AUGUCAGGUUCUUUCUGGAAGUUUGGUCAGGAUUACUCGAUAGAGUCACCGGUUUCUAAGAUUCUAAAUAGUGCCUUUAUUAAAAUCAAUAAGGACCAAGAUGACGACGUACCUACCGGCACAUGUGAAGAAAAUAUUGCUGAUGACGAAGAUAACUCUUCACAUGACUACGCUGCUUCUGAAGAUAAUGUAGUUAACGAGAACGAAGAGAAGGAAGAAGAAAAUACUCUGCCCACUACAGAAUCGGAAUAUGAAAAUUAUAGACCUAAUUUGGACGUCUUAGACGAUUUGCUGGAUGAUGACGAACUGUAUACGGAAUUAAUGUGUUCAAAUUUCAAGCUACUAAUAUUCUUGAAGUAUCCUGAUGUUUUAUCAAAAUUGAUAGAAUAUGUUACCAACGAGAAGAUUCUCGACGAAGAAACAGAUAGCGCUAAAAAGCCAGAGAUUAUUGAAGGUGUAAACGAUCAUCCUAUUUUGAUAGAAAGAGACAGAAAGGAUAAAAAGGAGGACGCUGAAGAAGGAGGCGACUCAGAAGAAACUACAAAUGAUAGCGAUCAUGACUCUGGGGACGAAAGAAGUGUUGAUUCUGAAGAGACAAGCAUUACUUUGCCACCGGAAUCUGAGGAACAAGUGGAGACUAGAAGGGCAAGGAUAGCUGCUGAAAUUUUAUCGGCUGAUGUAUGGCCUAUAUCCGCAGCAAUAAUGCAAAAUAAGGAUCUUCUUGGUAGAUUGUGGUCGAUACUAGAUCACCCAGCUCCCUUACCGAUACCAGCUUCCACCUACUUCAUGAAAAUAAAUGAAAGACUUCUCGAUAUGGAUAUAACGGGGAUGUUAGAGUUUAUAUUAAGCCGAGACAGCUUGGUUGCAAGGUUCUUGACACAUGUUGACAAUCCGUCUUUGAUGGACUUCCUUUUGAAAGUUAUCUCGACGGAUAAACCUGACUCUCCCACGGGUGUCAUAAAGAUACUAAAAUCACAGGAAUUAAUACCUAAACUUUUAGAUCAUCUUAAUCCAGAAUACGGUAUUUCCACUCAGUCUGCGGCAGGCGAUUUUAUUAAGGCAUUCGUCACGUUAAGCACUAACUCAAGCAAUGAACUUGCUUCGGGAAUAGGUCCUAAUGAAUUGACAAGGCAAUUAGUAUCAGAAGAAAUGAUAGAAAAGUUGAUUAAGAUAAUGCUAAAGGGCGGUACAUCCUUAAGUAAUGGUGUUGGAAUUAUCAUAGAGUUGAUCAGGAAGAAUAACUCAGAUUAUGAUUUCAUCCAACUAGUCUACACUACCCUAGAAAGUCACCCUCCCACUGAUCGAGAUCCAAUUCACUUGAUACAUUUAGUCAAACUUUUUGCUAAGCAUAUGCCUGAUUUUGCUGAUAUGCUGGAUAAAACCAAGUUGCCACUAAUGGAAAUGCCAUUCGGUAAUAUUGAACCUCUGGGAUUUGAGAGGUUUAAAAUCUGUGAACUUAUUGCAGAACUAUUGCACUGUUCUAAUAUGACGCUGCUAAAUGAGCCCAAUGGUGAGAUGAUUGCCCAAGAACGUGAUAUAGAAAGGGCCAAAGAAUUAGAAACUUCAACCGAAAAGGAAAAUAUAACAGCUAUUGUGGACAAUAAAUCAUCAUAUUAUGAUAAGGAUUGCGUAGAGAAGGAUAUCACAGAAAAUUUAGGCGCUCUUCAAAUAAAUAAUCAAGGAAGUGAAGAAGAUGAAUUAAAUGAUACUGGGGUAUCAAGUGUAAAACUAGAUGUGAAAUCAGACGCAAAGGUAGUUGAGGGGCUAGAAAAUGAUGCUUCUGGAGUAGAGUUGUAUGAUGAAACCUUGUCUGACACAGAAUCCGUGAGAGAAUGCCUAAGGGAAAAACCGCUAGUUGGAGACAGGCUGAAGAUUGCUCUAGAAGACACUAAGAUACUGAUUAGUAUCCUUGAUAUGUUCACUGAGUUCCCUUGGAAUAAUUUUUUGCAUAAUGUAAUUUUUGAUAUUGCCCAGCAAAUAUUCAAUGGUCCCCUCAAAACUGGUUAUAAUAGGUUCCUCUUGAAAGAUUAUUUGGUUGAUGCAUACCUAACUAAAAAGAUAGUAGAUGCGGAUAAGGCAUGUCAAGACUAUGAAAAAAAGACCGGUUUACGUUAUGGUUAUAUGGGUCAUUUGACAUUAGUUGCCGAAGAAAUAUCGAAGUUCAAAGAGUAUAUUGAUGAAAUGAAGCUAACUUUUUGCAAUACCGCUGUUUCAGAUCGACUUGAGGAACCAUUUUGGAAAGAAUAUAGUGAAACGAUCUUGGCUGAUACAAGAGAGAAGUAUAACACCGUUUUGGGAGAUUUUGGCAAUGACCAAGAAAGCGAUGACGAUGUUAUUAGGAAUUCUGAUUCUGAGGAUAUAAUUGGUGAUACAGAGGGCAACGAAAACUACGGAAAUGGAGAAAACGAUGAACUUCUUAGUAACGGGCAUGAUUCUGGGAACAUGGAUUUAUAUUAUAACUUCAAUAAUAACGAGAAUGAAGAAAAUGAAGAAGAUUACGCAGAGUAUAGUGAUGUGGAUAAUAAAAAUUACUAUAAUAACGUCGAGACUAACGACGAUGAUUAUGAUAGUGAUGAUGGUAAAUCCAAAAGUGCCGAAUCAGAGUUUACCGAUAAAAUAUCUGAACAUAGGGAUGGCAAUAGUCUCUAUAAUGAGGACAAUGAUGAAAACGGGAGUGACAAAUGGACAUCGGGUACUUCAUUGUUCCCUCCAGACCAUUUUCCUAGUAGGUCACAACCUUCAGAUCCUAAACUGCAAGACCAGAAUAUUUUUCACCAUCAGUUUGACUUUGAAGGUGUUGGCGAUGACGAUGACUAUAUGGAUCCUAAUGAUGAUGGCCAGUCAUAUGCCAGACCUGGUAAUCCAUUGUAUACUACCCCGAAAACACCACCAAGACCGAAGACUAUUCUUUUCAAUUCUUUAUCCGCAUUGGAUAAUAAUGGCGAAGACGAAGAAGUGGCACUAGGCACCAGUGUUGAUGAUCGAAUGGAUAACGAGAUAUCAAGCGAUGAAGAAGACUCCGAAGAUGAAGAUGAAGAGAAUGAUAUGGGCAAUGAGGAGGGCUACUCAUUAUAUAGGUCAAGAAGUAAAGAAGCUUUCUGA